GUUUUGUAGCGUCACUGUAGAAUCGAAAAUGACCGGCUUGCUUCACGUAGUGCCGCCUAAUAAUGCGGGUAGCGGUACCUUGCCCUACACGAUACCAAGCGACGAAUAUUCAAGGUCUUUGACGUCAUUCGUGGACCCCUACUCGUCUUUCAGCGGGUACUCACCACAAAGAGACUACCUCGAAAGUAUGGGUCUCUUAACUCGGGCCGUAUCAGGGUCAUCACCCGAAUCGAGCAAGAGCGUUUCGACUCCGUCCAUUUUCACAGCUGGUCUCAACAGCGGUUUGUUCUACUCGCAAUACUCUACUGUUACGUCAUCAACCACGUCACCAUAUACGUCAUCAAGUCAGUGGCUCUCACCGCAGGUCACGAACGCAGGUCACUACCAGCAAUACGCUUGCCCCUACAACCUAACUAAUGCAUCGCAACCGAGUCUUGCAGUAAACGACCAAACCAGCUAUUUAUCCAGCUAUCCUGAGCUGUACGCCGACACCAUCACCAAUAAUACUUCAGUACGUAGCAGAAAAUCAACGGAAACAGCCAAAGCCAAAAAGGAUGAACCGCGUAUUCGGAGACCAAUGAACGCUUUCAUGUGCUGGGCGAAGACCGAACGAAAACGAAUGGCAGCCGCAUUUCCCGACCACCAUAACGCCGAACUUAGUAAAAUGCUAGGUAAAAAAUGGAAAGAAAUGUCAAAUGAGGACAAGCGUCCUUACAUCACAGAAGCGGAAAAGCUACGGAUGAAACAUAUGCAGGAGCAUCCAGAUUAUAAAUACAGACCAAGGCGCAAACCAAAGGAGCCAAAAAGUCGUCGAGGCAAAACAACGGCGGCCGAUGACAAGGGCGUCACUGGAGACCAUUUCGGCGGCAGCACAAACUGUGGAAAAACCUUGAACACAAAACUCGGUACCACAGGCAAGCUAGUUAACGGGAAGUCAAUUUAUUCAGCGAAUUCCCUUUUCUCAAGCGACCAGGCGCACGUGCGACGUAACCAUAGCAACAAUAACAGUCGGCACGGGAACAAAUAUGGCGAAGGGUUUUCAAACUCUUUCAGUUUUUAUGAUUCCACCGCUUCCUUCCCGUAUGCGAGCCUCGAGAGUUUAUUUUCUAAUACUCCAAAUAGCUCCAGCUACCAAAUCAAGCAUAAAUCUCCCGGCGAAAGAAUGAAAAGUUUGUUCGAUUCGUGCAGCAGUACGUCGAAGUGCGACAUUAACUUUGAUGGGCAAGCAUACACAAACCGCGCGAACCAAAGCUCUUUAUUCAACUACAACACAACAGUAUCUUCCCCGCAAAUACGCAACCCAAUUGAUUUUUCCUGCUUUACAAAAUACACUGCUCCAUCCACUAACCGAUACACUGACUUCACUGCAGUUACCACCUGUCAAUCAACCGGGCUCGACCCUUACGCAACCAGCGGUUACAGCAGGAGCCGACAGUUGUCUAAGGACCGCUUCUUCUCAAAACACAUCAAGCAAACAUUCAUGGAUACUAUACAUCCGAGCAACUGUGGUUUCCCAACACAAUCCAACCUCGAUCAAACAUACAACGCAGGCAACGUGGACCCCGUGUUUGACCCAAUCAAUGCUGAUCUUACUUCUGAUAACUACUACGACACUAUACCGCCUUUCUCUUGCGCUGGACCACGCCAACUUCCCACUUACCCGGCGCCGGGGUCUACAGACACAAGUUACCAAGUGGAGCAUCCCGACUCUAGUUUUGUAAGCGAUAACCUUUCGUUUCCAAGCUACAAGCCAGCGGAUACGAAAUACUUCACUCCAGGAUUAAGCGCAACGCACGAUGAAACAAAGUACAAUCCAAUGGUAGCACACAACUUCACGAAUAUGGGAUACCGCUCGCAUGAAAAUUUAGCGUCAACAAGUUACACUCAAAGCUUGAAGACUGAAGCGUCGCCAAACGCUGAAAUGUACGAUGCUACUACAGAAAACUGCGACUGGAAGAAAAAGGGCGAAUCAGAGGUUUAUUACCAGAACGGUCCACCACAUUACCAACAUAGCAGUCAAGAUGAGCUGUACGAAACUAACUCCGUUCAAAGGUAUGACAAAUCGCCUUCAACAUCUCGAAGUUUGUUCAUGGAUUCGCCGACGACUUCUGAGCUGCAUUUCGAAUCGCAAAACGAAGCUGUACGCAGCAGUGAACCGACUGAGGUCGAUUUUGUGGGCAGCGAAGACCAGCAACGUAAGAUGAGUGUUUACUACGACCCAGCGACGACGGCUGAAAACGAUGCGGAGUUCGCUAAGUACGAAGGAAAGGCUACCGCUGCCCAGGAAUCGGUUGAUAUAAAAACAGCGCCGUUUGGAAGUGAAGAAACGAAUGCUGUGUACAGCAAAGAGUCAGAAGCGACAGCCUCAAUCAGCGUUACUGACUCAAUUGGAUUUGAAGAGUCGAACCAGCAAAUUUGACACUAAAUAGUGCUUUUUUUGCACACUGCCAUCCAGCGACCAAUUUCUCUGUGAACUAUCGCGAAUAGUACUUCAGACAAUCAUUUAUGUGCCAAGAGAAGAGAAUUGUAACUUUUAUUACCAGAUAACAUCAACCAUACAUUUACACAGCUGUGAUAUAUAUGUUUCAAGCAUGUUGCUCUACAGUUGGUGUUGUGUUACACAAGUUAGCAAAACGACUAUUAUACGAUGCGAUGUGUGCAAUAAUUUAAAAUUUUUCUUUAUAAUUCAAUCGUAUAUUACUGCCAACAAAUUUUUGACGCGCUCCGGUCGAAUGUGUAACGUAUUUUUUUCAACGUUGUUUUUUUCCAGCUUAUUUACUGAAUUAAUAUUCCAGUGUAUUUAUAACGGUAAAGCGUCUAUUGAAUAAAACGCUUUAAAAGCAUACGACAAA